AUGGUCAUUGGAACCUCCCUCCAGCGAAGUGAUAAUGCAGUGACACUGCAAAUUGUGCUAUCAACUACAGUGGUUCCAUCAGCCACAGACGCCACAAACACUUAUUUGUGGAAGUCUUACACAGGUGGAUUCGGUGCCACUUUUUCUUCUUCAGUCACUUGGAACAUAUUGCGUCAACCUUCCCCAACGGUUGAGUGGCAUGAGGUAGUCUGGUUCAGGGAAGAAAUUUCCCGCUGCUCCUUUAUCACCUGGUUGUCUAUGUUAAGGAGACGUCCAACUAAAGAUCGAUUAAUCUCUUGGGGACUAGCUGUUCCUGAUAUGUGUGUGUUGUGUUCUUCUCAAGUGGAAUCUCACCAGCAUCUCUUCUUUGAGUGUUCGUAUGCUGGUGCUAUCUGGUCUAAAUUUUGUGGCAGAUUUAUUAUCUCUCCUCCAUCGGAUCUCUCGGCUGCGGUCUCGAUGUGUUUGAAUUACCAGGGUACUUAUUCAUUGCAGGUGAGAGUUGUUAUGAAGCUGAUUGUGCAGGUUAUCGUUUACUUUCUGUGGAGAGAGCGUAACGGCCAAAUUUUUAGAGAAAUCAGUCACCAGCCAAUGGUUUUCUUCAAGAUGGUUGACCAGCAAAUAAGGGACAUUUUGCUUUCCCUAUCUCCGGGCCAAAAUGAUGCUCACUCUCUUCUAGAGCUUUACUUUUGGUUUAUUGAUCUUUUUAGCUAA